CGGCCACCAUUUUUUGUGUGCGGGCUGAAAGAGACGAAAAGACUUUCCACACCCAUCCACCAUGCUCUCUCGCGCUGUGACCACCGCCGUUCGCGGCGCUCGCGCCCCAACAUACACUGCCGUCCGCUCCCUCGCGGCGCAGCAGGACGCCAAGGGCAGCAUCGUCUCUGUCAUCGGUGCCGUCGUCGACGUCAAGUUUGAGGAUGGCAGCCUCCCUCCCAUCCUCAACGCCCUCGAGGUCAAGGGCCACGAGACUCGCCUCGUUCUCGAGGUUGCCCAGCAUCUGGGUGAGAACACGGUCCGUACCAUUGCCAUGGACGGUACCGAGGGUCUUGUGCGCGGCCAGCCCGUGGUUGACACCGGCGAUGCCAUCACCAUCCCCGUCGGUAUCCCCACCCUCGGCCGUAUCAUGAACGUCAUUGGCGAGCCCAUUGACGAGCGCGGCCCCAUCAAGGCUGAGUCAACCCUCCCCAUCCACGCCGAGGCCCCUCCACUGACCGAGAUGGAGGUCAAGCCCGCUAUCCUCGAGACCGGUAUCAAGGUCAUCGACCUCCUUGCCCCUUACGCUAAGGGUGGCAAAAUUGGUCUCUUCGGUGGUGCCGGUGUCGGCAAGACUGUGCUUAUCAUGGAGCUGAUCAACAACGUCGCCAAGGCUCACUCUGGUUACUCUGUGUUCGCCGGUGUCGGCGAGCGUACCCGUGAGGGUAACGAUCUGUACCACGAGAUGCAGGAGGGUGGCGUCAUUGACCUCGAGACCCCCGAGAACUCCAAGGUCGCCCUCGUGUACGGCCAGAUGAACGAGCCGCCAGGUGCCCGUGCCCGUGUCGCCCUGACUGGUCUGACCGUUGCCGAGUCCCUCCGUGAUCUCCCCGACCCCAGCACCGGCCGUGGCCGCGAUGUGCUCUUCUUCAUUGACAACAUCUUCCGCUUCACCCAGGCCGGUUCCGAGGUGUCUGCCCUUCUCGGCCGCAUCCCCUCCGCUGUCGGUUACCAGCCCACCCUCGCCACCGACAUGGGUGCCCUUCAGGAGCGUAUCACCUCCACCACCUUCGGUUCCAUCACCUCCGUCCAGGCUGUCUACGUGCCCGCUGAUGAUCUGACCGAUCCCGCCCCCGCCACCACCUUCGCUCACUUGGAUGCCACCACUGUGCUUUCCCGUGGUAUUGCCGAGCUGGGUAUCUACCCCGCUGUCGAUCCCCUUGACUCCGCCUCCCGUGUCCUCGACGCCGCCAUUGUUGGCGACGAGCACUACGCAUGCGCCCGUGACGUGCAGAAGAUCCUCCAGGACUACAAGUCUCUCCAGGAUAUCAUUGCCAUUCUCGGUAUGGAUGAGCUGUCCGAGGAGGACAAGCUCACCGUCGCCCGCGCCCGUAAGAUCCAGCGCUUCCUCUCCCAGCCCUUCACCGUCGCCGCUCCUUUCACUGGCCAGGAGGGCAAGCUCGUCCCCCUCAACGACACCAUCCGCGGCUUCCGGGACAUCCUUGAGGGCAAGCACGACGACAAGCCCGAGGUUGCCUUCUACAUGGUUGGCGGCAUCGCCGAUGUCGAGGCCAAGGCCGAGGAGCUCGCCAAGGAGGAGGAGGAGCGUCUGCGCCGCCAGGCCUCUGCUUAAAGGAACACACGCCAGCAACAGGCAGCCUCCUGGCUGCUGAUUGCAGUGGUUUCUUGUGAAUGGGUGGUUUUGUGUCUGCAGCACGUGGGCGUGUGUGAUUGUGUUGUCUGAACGCUUGCCGCGUGUAAUCCGAACGUGAUGGUUUCCGAGAACACUUUUGCUGUUUUUGUUCUUGAAGUCAGCGCCCGGGUUCCAUGUUGCUCGCUUCAUACCAAACAUGUUUGCAUUUCGUGCAUGCGCCGUGGGCUGUUGUUGUGUUUGUGCAAGUCUUUGUGGCAACGUGCCGUGGCAGUCGAUAGAGCCAGCGUACCUCCUCGGUGUGGUUUGUUUGUUUGUCCCCCCGUCUGUCGCAGCACGCGCGUGUGUUGGAUUGCGGUUGUGUGCGCUAAAUUUUCCUUUCUGCUCCCUCUCUCUGUCUCGUGAGUCGUGCGCUUCGUCAGUUGUUGCGUCGUGUGUUAUUGGAUCGUCCGUGUGUAUCAUCAUCAUUGUCGCCCUCGGGCGUGUUGUGUGGUGUGGGAGAAACAAAAAAAACAGUCAGUCGUCUCCAUCAUCACGUCCUCGUACCUGUUUGUUGGGUUCAAUUACACCUUGAUGCCAACUGA